CCCGAGCUGCCCACCAUCUACGCCAUCACGCCCACCUACCGGCGCCCCGCGCAGAAGGCCGAGCUCACGCGCCUGGCCAACACGCUGCGCCAGGUGGCGCGGCUGCACUGGAUCCUGGUGGAGGACGCGGCGGCGCGCAGCGCGCUGGUCAGCCGCCUCUUGGCGCGCGCUGGGCUACCCUGCACGCACCUGCACGUGCCCACGCCGCGGCGCUACAAGCGGCCCGGGCUGCCGCGCGCCACGGAGCAGCGCAACGCCGGCCUGGCCUGGCUGCGACAGCGCCAUCGGCACCGGCGCGCGCCGCCUGGCGUGCUCUUCUUCGCGGACGACGACAACACCUACAGCCUGGAGCUCUUCCAGGAGAUGCGGACUACGCGCAAGGUCGCCGUGUGGCCGGUGGGCCUGGUCGGCGGGCGGCGCUACGAGCGCCCCCUGGUGGAGAACGGCAAGGUGGUCGGCUGGUACACCGGCUGGAGAGCAGACAGGCCCUUCGCCAUCGACAUGGCAGGAUUUGCUGUCAGUCUUCAGGUCAUCUUGUCCAACCCGAAAGCUGUGUUCAGGCGUCGCGGAUCCCAGCCAGGGAUGCAGGAGUCUGACUUUCUAAGGCAGAUAACAACCGUUGAAGAGCUGGAGCCCAAAGCCAACAACUGCACCCAGGUGCUUGUGUGGCACACACGGACCGAGAAGGUGAACCUGGCCAAUGAGCCCAAGUACCACCUGGACACUGUGAACAUCGAGGUGUGAGGUAACGUGGCCUCAAGUGUGACGGGGACAGGAGGCUGCAGAGGCUCAGGUCCCAACUGCAGUGCAGCAGCCUUUCCAGUCACCCAACGGACACCGUUCACAGGCGCCAGUCGGUCAUGGACGCUGACAGAGGCACAGGUGUGUGCUGUGACCUCGUGUCCUGCAUGUUCCCUGCAGCUAUUGGAAGGUUCUGCCUGAUACAGUCAAGUGACACUGCAGGAUGCCUGCUGCUGAGUAUCUUAUGCAUUUUCCUCUUUAUCCCCAGUCUGUCUUGAUAACUGGAGGAACUGGACAGGUUUUUAAACAGACAAGUAUUUUGUCAGCAAAACAUUCCCAAUUCCUGACAUUGAGUGAGUGUGGAAAGCUGGUGGUGGUUCAUGUCGUAGGAAAUAAAUACCCACAAAUGAGA